AUGGCGCCGUCGAUCGUCGUUGGCUUGGACUUCGGGACAACCUUCAGCGGGUAUGUGAUUGCUUGGGCUUUCAAGGGAUCGACGGACAACAUUGAAGUGAUGUCCACCUGGCCCGGUGGCGGCAACAGAAAAUCCGUGAAAGUCCCUUCCAUUUUAUCCUACGGUACCCAAUCUCCCACCUGGGGCUACCAGGUUCGAGCAUUCACCGAGGCUCUCCGAGGCAUUAAGCUUCUUCUUGAUGAAGAUCAGGAGACAACGUAUUCACCAUCCCUAGUUUCAAAGGAGCUGCUGAAGAAGUAUAAAAAGGACGCCGUCCAGGUGACAGCGGACUUUAUGAGACAUCUCAUUCGCCACGCCGAGGAGGUCCUCGAGCGGCGUCUUGGGAUACCCGCCAAAGCCAUCGAUAAGCGAUUCACUCUCACAGUUCCAGCUGUUUGGUCUGACAAGGCCAAACACAGGACCUUACAAGCCGCGGAGAAGGCAGGGAUCUCCCUCGAAGAGAUUUCUCUUGUCUCAGAGCCGGAAGCUGCUGCCCUUUACUCGUUGCGCGCGACCCAACCCAACUCGAUUGCGAAAAAUGAUGUAUUAAUCGUAUGCGAUGCUGGAGGUGGGACUGUGGACCUCAUCUCGUACCAGAUUACUGAACUAGAGCCUCUCGCCCUCAUGGAGGUAGUGAAGGGAGCAGGCCGCAUUUGCGGGUCAAUGAUAUUGGAUCAACGAUUUGAACACAUGCUCGAGGAAAAGAUGGGGCCCAGUGGCUACGGUGCCUUAUCCGACGUUUCGAGGGAAUCCAUCAUUUCUUACUGGCAAGGUCAAGUGAAGUCUAACUAUGUUGGAAAGUAUGACGAUGAGUAUGUAGACGUGGACUACUUUAUUCCAGUUCCAGGAGCGCGUGACGACCCUUCAAUUCCAAUAGAGGGUGGACUUUUCUACCUUUCCAGUGAUGAUAUUGAAAGUAUCUUCGAGCCUGUUCUUCGCGAUGUGGAAUUGCUUGUCGCUGAGCAGAUGGAGGGCAUACAGAAGUCGAAGCUCACCCCAAAGGCUAUCAUUCUCGUAGGCGGCUUCGGCUCCUCCAAUCUUCUUUUCCACCGCUUGCAAGAAGCGAAUCCUACUGUGACUGUGUUACAGCCCCCCGACGCGUGGUCAGCGGUCGUAAGCGGCGCGGUUUAUCGGGGGCUUGAUGGCAAUCGGGUGGAGAGUCGCAUUGCCCGUCGCCAUUACGGCGUGGAGUACUCUACUCCAUAUAUUGAGGGUAAACACAAUCCUGACGACAAGGUCUGGCACGAGCUUGAGGAAGAGUAUUUCGUCCAUAGAAGGAUGAAAUGGCAUAUACACAAGUUCUCGAAACUCUCCGAAAAUAAUCCCAUCAAAAUACCGUUUUAUCGUACACUUCGAUCAACGAGUGUUGAUGCAUAUGGUCUCUUGUUCAAUGACGGCCUACUGUUUUGUCAGAAUGACAUCGCACCUGACAUAAAGAAUGAUGAAACAAUUCCAUUAUGCUCCUUGGAAGCAGAUCUCAGCAAGAUCCCUCGGGAGCUUUUCGAAAAACUAAGCAACUCUAAAGGAGUGGAGUACUUCAAGAUUAAUUUUGACUUGGUCUUGAUUCCUACCUCCGCGUCCUUGCUGUUCGAGCUGGAAUUCAACGGUGUGCCCUAUGGCAGCGUUCGAUCGAAGUACUAA